AUGCCUGGGAGCAGCGCCGAGCAAAGUCGCGGGAAAAGUGGGGGCAAUGAACUUCACCCGCCCCUCGCGCAGGAAAACACCCCCGCCGCCUCUCAAACACGCCUCGGAGAAAACUCACUCCCAGGCUCCCAAAUUUUUAAGAAAUGCAGCCAGGGGAGGCCGGGGCUCCGGAGCGACCCGAGAGGGAAGAGAAGAGGCAAACCCUGCCGCUGCCACCCGCCCCCCUCCUCACAAAAAUAUUUUUUCCAGUCCCAGAGAAGAGGUCACCCUUCCUCAAAAAAGGGAGGGGGUGAGUCAGUCAGUCGAGGAAAGCAGAAAGAAAUCUCCAGCGGGAGAGACACCGGUGUGCCGCCGCCGCCGCCGCCGCUUCUCUCGCCGCCCCGCCUGAGGAGAAGUGCAGCCGGGAACGCUGCUCUCGCCGUCGCCGCUAACGCUGCCGCCGCCGCCGCGAAAGCCCCGAGCCGGAGGGUGCACAGCGUGUCCCCGGGCGGCUGCAGCGGGAGCCCGGGCACUGCCCCAUCCUCCGCCCGCCCGCCAGCUUCGCGCAGCUCCCGCUCCUCCCCCUCCGCGGCCGGCCCACCGCCGCCGCCCGCCUCAGCCCAGCCCCGCGCCCGCCAGCUUGCUCGUGCGUUCGUUCGCUCGUGUUCGCGCGCUCCCGCGCACCCGCCCUCCCCGCGCCUCGCUCGGCGCGCGCUCCCGCCCCCGCGGCCCCGGCCGCCGGGAUCACGUGGACGGCUGGGCUCCCUCCUCCCCCGCCCCCUCCCCAGUUGUAGAGUGUGUAGAAAGCAAAAGGCUGGGGGCUGGCCGCGCUCGCGAGCCCAGGGCAUGCGCGCUGGGGCGGCCGGGCCUGCGCACUGGGGGCGGUGGGGAGCCGCGAGGGGGGUGGGGGCGUGGAGGGGGCCGCCCGCGUGGGGUUGGCCGCAGCUGGGCCCGGUUGGCGCGCGAGGGCGUGGAAGCCGCCGGAUGAUCCGGCCUGUCUCAGCGGGGACGCGAGCGGGCCCCUGCUCCCAGCCCAUUCCGCGCGCGCCCCCCACCUCCUCGUCGGGACACUUGCUCCUGGAUCCCGUACCCCCGGCCGACCAGAGGCCGCCUUGUAGGGAAACCACCAGACCCCAAGGGUGUUUUCUCUUAACUACCUGCGCUGCGAGGGAGGGUGUUCAGAGAAGGGGCACAAGGGGGGCGUCCCUGGGAGGGGGGCGCGACUGGAGGCGACAGAACUGGGAGCGGGUACCAAAGCGCGGGCCUUUGCUCCGCGGGGCGCAGUGGGAGCACCAACAGGCGGAGUUGGAAACUUUUCCCCCACGUGGCACCACAGUGCGUGGCCGAGUGACCCCGCGCCCGGAUGACCCCUGGGAUUUCCGCCUCGUCUUCCAGCGGGGGACCUUGGGACGCACGGGCGGCUUCGGAUCCGGGAGCGCGAGGCCUAGCAGCUGGGGGCCGAACUUGAACCUCGGCGGCGGCCGCGGGCGAGGGGCGGGGCUCGAGGGGCCGGGACCCGCCCCAGCUCGAGGACCCGUUAGACCCGAAAACCGCAGUCCCUGCCCCGCGGGCUUCCUUUAUUUUUGGGGGGGGGGGGUUCACAAGUUUUUCCACCUGAGCCCCUUCCUCCCGCCGCAAUGUAGCUGAUGCUUAUAAAAAGUUGUAUUAAAAAGCCGACUGCAGCCCAGAAUCGAUCACCAAAAGCGACCAGCCUCUCUGGGUAAAAUAGUUGUGCGUUUUUCAGAGCACUGGAAUUGAUCUGUACGGAUCAGAAAGACACCGACGGCCCGCUCUCAGCAGCCUCUAGGAUGCUCUUCACUUUCUGUCCCGGCACUUAAACACCACGGCACCGUCUCUCCUUCCUCCCUAGUAGCCCAAGCUCGUGGAGGAAGAAAAGGAAAAUAAACUGACAUGUAUUAAUUACACACAAUGAGCCAGGCACUGUGCUAGAACGCUAUGCGUAUGCUUUCACCUCUUUAAAACACAAAUCUGCACAUUUUAUUACUAUUACUGGAAGGAGAAUGAUAGAGAAAACAGUAAGGACGUGUUUUCUCUCACAAUCUGACACAUCUGAUUGACUGAUUGAUUGAUUGUUUUUCAUUUAACAAUUAGGCCUUACCAGGCUUAGCAAGCACAGUUGUAGGUACUCGGAAUACAGCGACGUACAAAACAGAAAAGAUACUGCUUCUUAGAUCUUACGUUCUAGCAGGCAAGCCUCACUUGUCUUAUAAUUCCUAGUAACAAUUUAAUAGUUUGUCAUUGUCUUGUUUUAGGUCACACUCCUUCAGCUUCCCCAUUUCUGAAUCCCAGGUCUGGAUCUUUAUGAAAUCUGAUGGGGAGAUGGGAGUGGAGGGGGGAACGGUAGAAGGAAACAUCCACCCGAUUGUGACCAAGAUAAGGUCUACCCAUGGCCUUCUCAACAGAUGACUGCAAGUUGAUUUCGUGCUUUAUUUCUUAAGAAUAGUGACUAACCUACGGGAUCUGAUUCAAUUUACUAGGAACACAGUGCCACCUUCCAAAAUUACUUACCUAAGAGGACUGAGCCUGCUGUCUCUGGAGCAGUUAGCUGAAACAGUGCCUCAGAACGGAGCGUACCUGCGUUAACUUCUAGAGUGCUGUUUCCGGCAGCUGCUGAUAUCCAUGCUGAGGUUGUCAAUCUCAUCCUACAAAAUAAAACAAGUUCUUUGCAAUUUAAAGCAAAAAUCUGGGCUCAUUUUUAGGGUUUGGGGGGAUGUGAAAGUUGUCUUAGAUAAGAUUCCAGGAAAACUAGGAAUUAAUAGUGUAAUUACAGUCACUUUUCGACAACUUUGGGGAUUGGGCUGAGGGAGGUGUGAAAUUGGGAAAUUUAAUAAAAGGUAUUAUAUUAGUGACUUUGGAGAGUAGCCUUUGGCAGUCCCGUCUUUAAAGAGUAAUAACUGGUAGGAAAAAAAAUGAAUGAUAAUACACUGCAUCCAAGAACCUUGCCUCUGGCGAGCAUAAUUUGCAAACGCAUUUUGGGAUAAUGUUCAGGGUCCAAGUGUAAUCCUCCCUGGAAUUAGCAAUGCCUUUUGGGUCAGAGUUUCAUAGAUUUCUUCCAUCAUACAAUUAAAAUUGUUUUUGGAUUAUAUUACCCAUAUUUGUUUCUAAUUCUCCAUUUUGCCUGUUUUAAUUGCCACUGAUUAAUAACUGCCAUAUAAUAAGCUAAGCAUCUAUUAUGUUUCAGGCACUGUUCUAACUGCAUUAAAAUAAUAUUUAAUUCUCAUAAAGUUUGAGAAUGGUUUUAUUAUACCUAUUUUACAGUUGAGUAAACUGAGGCUUAAAGUUAAGCAUAUUGUCCAAGGUGCUUCCACUGCUUAGUCAUAAGCUAAAUUUGAUCUGAAUGACUCCAAAAUCUUUAUCUUAAUGGUUAUGCUGAAAUGCCCUUCUUAGACUGAUUCCUCAAAAAAUCAAAUGCUAUAUGUAUUGUACAACCACUUUAGAAAGCUGUUUGGCAAUAUCUGUUAAACAUAUGAAAACCCUGUGGCCCAACAGUUCCACGCUUAGGAAUAUACCAAUGUCAAAUGUAUACCAAAAGACUAUUAAAUCACUCAGAGCAACCCUAUUUCUAAUAACCCUCAAACAGGAAACAACCCAAAUGGUCAUAAACGGUAAAAGAGAUAAAUAAUUGGUAGUACAUUCAUACAACAUAAUACACUUUACAACACUAAGAAUGAA